GCCAUGCACGCCUCCGCCGGCCUGGGGGACGCGUCCGCCGCUGACAUCAUGGACAUAUGUGAGUCCAUCCUGGAACGGAAACGGCAUGACAGCGAAAGGUCGACAUGCAGCGUCUUGGAGCAGAAUGACAUCGAAGCCGUCGAGGCCCUCGUCUGCAUGAGCUCUUGGGGUCGGAGAUCCCAGAAAGGUGACCCGUUAAAGAUCAGGCCCCUUACACCCGUCUCGGAUUCUGGGGACUUGACGAUGCACGGUGACGCAGCUGCUCCUGAGUUCCCAAAGGACUUCCAUUCUCUGUCAACCCUGUGCAUGACUCCUCCUCACAGCCCAGAUUUCGUGGAGCCGUCGGCCGCCCCGCUCCCGUCCCACCAAGUGACUUAUUCCAGAAUGAGGACGGCCCCGGCCCGGCCGGCCGCCUCGGCCGGGGACCCCGCCCCGGCCCAGGUCCCCCGGUCCCCGGGCGCGGGGACGGAGAAGCCCCGCCGGGCCAUGGCGACCAGCGUCAUCCGCCACACGGGAGCCGGCUCGGCCCGGCGCCGGACCGGGAGCCCUUCGGGGGGACUCCCGCGGGCCGGGGAGACGGGAGGCCGGGGCUCGGGGCGGCCCGGGGAGCCGCGGGCCGCGCCGCCCGCGGACGAUUUAACCGGGGAGCCCCCCGCGGCCCGCCGGCCCCGCUUGCACGCCUCCGAGCCCCCCGACAAAGGGCGGCGGGCGUCCUGGCCCGCCGCGGCCCCGCAGGCUUCCCCGCCGAAGGAUCGCGAUGGCGACUUGCCCCGGAAAGCCGCCCCUCGCGUUUCCGUCCCCAGCCCCCCCGUGCUGUGCCAGAUGUUCCCCGUGAACGGACAAGGCGGGGUGAUUUCGGCUUUCCUGAAGCCCCCGCCCCAGGCGGGCCCGGUGGCCGUGAAGCCCAUUUUACCCCAGGCUACUCCAGUGUCGCAGCCCCUCCUCGUCGGGGCCCCGAUGCCUCAGGGAACCGUGAUGCUAGUCCUUCCCCAGGCUGCCGUCGCGCAGCCGCCCCCGGCCUGCCAGCCCGGCGUCGUGACCGUCGGGAGCACCAAACUACUGCCUCUUGCCCCUGCUCCGGUGUUCAUUACCUCCGGCCCGAACUCUGCCCCUCAGAUGGACUUCUCCAGGAGGAGGAACUACGUGUGCAACUUUCCGGGCUGCAGGAAAACGUACUUCAAGAGUUCUCACCUCAAGGCCCAUCUUCGCACACACACUGGAGAAAAACCCUUCAACUGCAGCUGGGAUGGCUGUGAGAAAAAAUUCGCCCGCUCCGACGAACUCUCUCGCCACCGCAGAACUCACACAGGAGAGAAGAAAUUUGUGUGCCCGGUGUGCGGCCGCCGCUUCAUGCGCAGCGAUCACUUGACGAAGCACACCCGGCGUCACAUGACCACGAAGAAAAUCCCCAGCUGGCAAGCGGAGCUCUGCAAAAUGAACCGAAUCACGUCAUCGGAGAAAGCCGGCAACGUUAGGGAGACGUUGGGAUCUCCGGGAUCACCUGGGCCGGCUUCCGUUUAAAAGGCCAUUUAGGAGACAAUCCUGAGCUGGGGAAAAAGCCCUCUCCAGCAAGCGAUACUUUUGUAAUGACUAAAUACAGAAUUUCCCUCCCCGGUCUUUUGGUUUAGUUUUGUUUAUCUGUUGUAUUGAAAGCAUGUUCACGCUUUUUCCCCCCCCACCUUUAGUGGGGGCGGCCCUGUUCAAUGACAGUCCUCAUUUGAGGCUUUUUAAAAAAAAAAUUUUUAAGGACAAAAGAAACACAAAAAAAGGGUCAAUCUGCAUCACCAGCAUGAAACCAAUCGAAACUGUAGGAGAAGUAUAAUUCAGGCAAUAAGGUUUACAAGAAGCGACUCAGACUUUGCAUUCGUGUUACAGAAAAUUCAACAGGGUGACUAGUUUUCCUAGUGAUGUUUUCUACAAAAAGGUUUUUAUCGCAGGGGGCCUUCGCAGUUUCUAGAUAGUGAAUUUGAAGCCAGUGGAAAGCAUUUUAUAAGUGAUUAGCCAACUUGAAACAUCCGCCAGCAAAAAUAAAUGUUCCUCAUCAAACUUUUUAAGCCCAGUCAUUUUUUAAACUCGUAGCAGUUGAACAAGGGCCUUUGAAAGGAGGGGGAAAAAGUGCGGUGAACAUUUUCAUAAAGUUCCAAAAGUCAAAUCGUGUCGUUUAAUACAAAUCUCCUCAGCUCCGGUGUAUUCGAGGCUAGGGUGUCGAAGGCUGAAAUUUUGGAGAACCAGGCCCUGGAAAGCAUAUGCACAAACCCAGAGUGACUUGUGAAAAAUGUUGCAUAACGUGUUUUCGUUCUCAUCCAAAGGGGAAAAUUAGCCGAAAACUUAACAACGACAACAGAAAGAUCUGGCCGGUGACCAGGAAACUGUUGCGUGUUGCUUGACAUGCAGAAGUUAGUGUUGUUUAAGGACAUGGGUUUUUAUCUUCUGGAUUGAAAAUGAUCUUUUUUACUGCUUUUAUUACUCAGUGUCCAGUAGUGAACAGUAGGUUUCCAUUCACCAGAACACCAAAAAAUGUGAAGUUAGGACAUGUUCAAAAAACACCACUCCUCUCGAAAGUCUUUCGUUGUGGCCUUAUACUAUAUAGUACGUUGUAUGUAGACUUAUCUCCUCCAGUAAAUGGAAGUGUCCAACUAGCUGAAUGAACUUUUCUUUCACCAAAGUAUAGUGCAUCUAAAGUGAAACACGGAAAGUGUGCAAACUAACAGAUUUUUUUUUUCCCGCCACCCCUUCGCUGUUUGAGUUGGAAGAAAAACCCAGAAACCACUAUCUUGGUAAUCAUUUUGGUUUUCAGGGGUUAUUCUUCUAACAAGCAGAGAAAACUAUUUCAAGGGGGAGGGAAAAGGUAUUGUUUUCUUUCUUUCCAGUCCGUGAAAAUACCCGCCCUGUUGCCAAAGGAUUCCGUUCCUUAAUUACCAUUGAAUUUUGGGUUGUGUUGAGCACUGCUCAACAGCUCCGGAAUACAGAAUGCAUAAUAGGGAAUGCACUGUAUGUUGCACUACUUUUCUGUAUGACUCCUUGUUUUCUUGUGCAGUAUAUAUAUAUAUAUAUAUAUAUCUAGAUUUUUAUGUCUUGAAUAUAGGUAUUGGCAGUUUACCUUUAUAAAAAAAAUUCCGAUAAAUUGAAAUGUUGAACUUGAUGUACUGAGUGUUUGUGGCUAGCAUAUCGUAUCCACGUUUUUUAUUCUUUCAUUUGAUACUUAUGGAACUCCCCUGCCCUGUCACCGUGUCAUUUGCUAUGUAGUCUACGUGUAAGUGGUCAUGUAUUUAGAAGGGAGUUCUUGGAAGCUCCUAUUUUGCUAAAAGGUACGCUUCCCCAGUGCCGUAUCGACACCCAGAUGGUAUCAGACCGUUGGCCCAGAAUUAGGACGUGGCGGGGUGGGGUGCUUUUAUCCCCCUUUUCCCUCACCUUCUACUCCAUCAACAACAAACCUUCUUAUGACUGCGUGAAAUAUGCAGACCCCAAAUCUAGGGAUCUCAGUUGCUUUAACAUACAAAAAUGUAUUCAUGGUUGUGUUAGUCACACUAUGACUUCCAGGUGAGCAGAGAUCUUUUGGACACAUAACGUUUUCACAUAUUGCCCCCGAUCCCUGACAGUUUCGAAUGAAACUGGCAGUUCCAGGAGAAAAAAAAAAAUGAAUGGCAGUUCCAGGAAAAAAAGAAAAAUUGUGCUGAUAAUUGUUUCCAUUGCAGACCCCAAAUGUGCAGACCCCAAAUCUAGGGAUCUCAGUUGCUUUACAUACAAAAAUGUAUUCAUGGUUGUGUUGUCACGCUAUGACUUCCAGGUGAGAAAAGAUCUUUUGUAUACAUAACAUUUUCACAUAUUGCCCCCGAUCCCUGACAGUUUCGAAUGAAACUGGCAGUUCCAGGAAAAAAAAAAAUUGUGCGGAUAAUUGUUUCUAUUAAGGCAUAGAUUUCUCUCUAGAGAUUCUUCGCUUUUAAAGGUAAGGCUUUCUUUUUUCAGAUUGGGGAAAGAGAAAGGUUGCCUAAAGGAAGAGCCAGAGCACUUUCACUUUUCAUGUCUGACUCCCUCUGAAGUCUCUCGGUGUCCUGGUUUAAGCGUAUAAGGCAAACUUCCCCAGUGCACUUUAUCGCCUGAGCAGUCGUGCUUGAUCUUUUUACUCUAAGUAGUUCCAAGAAGAAAUUUUUUGGAUGUUUCAUAAUUCCGUUUUUUGUAACGAAUUUUUCAAUGUAAUAUUUAAUAAAAACCGUAAUCCUCCUUUGAA